AGGUAAAUCAAAAUUCAACAACCUACCUUUCACCAUUGACAAAUGUUGCCUGGUGGCUUGUACUAUAAAAGAGGGAAGAAAGCACGGUUUCAAGGUUGCACCACCUCCUGCUUUCUUCUUCUGGUUAAGCCUUUCAUAUAGCUCUUCAGUGCCUUCACUACAAACUACAGGCCUCAACCCCACCAUAAAUCCACAUUGCGUAACUCAUUGAGUUAACAAGUUGGAUUUUUCUUUCUUGGUUUUUUGUUUUCUUUCCAGUUUCCCCAUGGUGGGACUGAUGAUGGCGGGCCUAACUUUGGGAUUUUUUCCUGUAAUCCGAGGGAAAAGGAUGGAAUGUGGUGGAGGAAAAUUGAUGCAUGUGAGGGCUUCUUCUGGAUUUCCAUCGUUUCUGCCCAAAGAAGUUCACCAAAUCAAAGACCCAUUUGCUCGAACCUUGGCUCAGAGGAUCCAAAGGCUUCCCGUUCAGAUUGGAUUUUCUGGGAGUUGUAUUAUGAGUAGUUGUGUGAAGCCAAUAAGACAACAGGAGACCGAUCCCGUGGUUCUUCUCCACUGUUUUGACAGUUCUUGUUUAGAAUGGAGACGCGCAUAUCCCCUGCUUGAAGAUGCUGGUUUGGAAGUUUGGGCUGUUGAUGUUCUUGGUUGGGGUUUCUCUGAUUUAGAGGUACUUCCACCAUGUGAUCCUGCGACAAAAAGGUAUCAUCUCUAUCAGCUUUGGAAGUCCCACAUUAAAAGGCCAAUGAUAUUGGUUGGACCAAGUCUUGGUGGUGCUGUUGCAAUUGAUUUUGCAGUCAAUUAUCCAGAGGCUGUCAAAAAGCUGGUUUUGAUUAACCCAAGUGUCUAUGCAGAAGGCACAGGACUCACAGCAAAGUUACCUAGAAUGAUGGCCUAUGCAAUGGUCUUGCUGUUGAAGAGCAUGCCACUACGUCUGUAUGCGACUUUUUUGAUGUUUGACGGUAUCCCAUUUACUACGCGCUUGGAUUGGACCAAUGUGGGCCGCUUACACAGUCUAUUACCUUGGUGGGAGGAUGCUACUGUUGACUACAUACUUAGUGGGGGCUAUAACGUCGCUGCACAAAUAAAACAGGUAAAGCAGACAGCUCUUGUCGUCUGGGGAGAGUGCGAUAAUAUAGUCAGCAACAAGCUUGCCAUGAGACUGUUCUGCGAACUGGCGCCAAACUCAAGAAUGCGACAAAUACCGGAUUGUGGUCAUCUGCCACACGUUGAGAAGCCCGAAGCCGUUGCAGAGUUGAUCGCAGAUUUUUCUCGAGGUGAUAGCUGCGAGACGGAACCGAACCCUCUUGCUUGUGGAGUAGAUGGUGUUUGUGUAGUAGAUGCCUAGUGUUCAUUUCUUACAAAAGAAAGCCUCUGUCAUGUCAAUAAUACGAUAUUAAGAGUAUGCAACUUGGCCGGGGUGUGUGGAAGAUCAAGUGUAUAAAUACGUUGAUUUUCUCUACAAAAAUUUGAGGGUCAUAUUGAGGUUGAUUAGUGCAA